AAGGAUGUGAUGAAGGAUGUGAUGGCAGGCCUACAGCAGACCAACAGUGAGAAGAUUCUGCUUAGCUGGGUGCGCCAGUCCACCAAGGACUAUCCCCACGUCAAUGUGGUCAACUUCUCCUCCAGCUGGUCCGACGGCCUGGCCUUCAACGCACUCAUCCACAGCCACAGGCCCGAGCUGUUUGAUUGGAGCAUUGUGGAGAAGCAGAAGAGUGCCAUGGAGAGAUUGGAUCACGCCUUCAGCAAGGCUGAGCAAACCCUGGGCAUAGACAGACUGCUGGAUGCUGAGGAUGUGGCGGUGCUGCACCCUGAUAAGAAGUCAGUCAUCAUGUAUACGUCUCUGUUCCAAGUGCUGCCUCAGGGCGUAACCAUGGAGGCCAUCCAGGAAGUAGAGACUCUGCCUCGACUCGUUAAGCAGGAGGAACACUUCACCAUCCAGACCCAACAACGCUACUCCCAACAGAUCACAGUGAGUGUGUCUCAGGGGCGGGUUCGUACCCCCUCCACCUCUCCUAAUCCUCACUAUAAAAGCUAUGCCUACAGUCAAGCUGCAUAUGUCAAGUCACCUGAACAAAAGAGGAGACGCUUUACUGAGCAGACCCAGCUUCUGCGUGGGGGCAGUCAGGAUGACCUGGAGCGGGGCCUGAGCCCCCUGGCCCCUGGGGCCACCCAGCUGGAAGACUACCAGAGCAUCCUGGAGGAGGUCCUGACCUGGCUGCUGUCUGCAGAGGAUGGCCUGCAGGCCCAGCCCCCCAUCUCCUCUCACGUAGAGGAGGUCAAGGAGCAGUUCCACACACACGAGGGCUACAUGGUGGAGCUGACGUCCCACCAGGGCAGUGUGGGCAGGGUGCUGCGUGCGGGCAGUGCCCUCCUGGGUGAGGGCCAUUUAACGGAGGAGGAGGAGAAAGAGGUCAGGGAGCAGAUGAACCUCCUCAACUCCCGCUGGGAACACCUCAGAGUGGCUAGCAUGGAGAAACAGAGCAGACUCCACGAGGUGUUGAUGGACCUUCAGCAUCAGCAGUUGAAGCAGCUCACUGAUUGGUUGGAGCUGACAGAGGGGCGGAUCAAGCGGAUGGGGGCUCAGCCUAUGGGGCCAGACCUGGAGGAUGUUAAACACCAAGUAGAGGAACACAAACUGUUGCAGGAGGACCUAGAGUUGGAGCAGGUGUGUGUCAACUCUCUGACACACAUGGUGGUGGUGGUGGAUGAGAACAGUGGAGACAGCGCCACCGCUGCCCUGGAGGAGAAACUACAGCACCUGGGAGACCGGUGGGCAGCCAUCUGUAAGUGGACAGAGGAGCAUUGGGUUCUGCUACAGGAGAUCCUGCUCCAGUGGCAACACUUCACUGAGGAACAGUGUUCGUUUGACUCAUGGUUGACUCAGAAGGAGAAGUUGGUUCUGUCCAUCCAGAGCAGUGGCAUCAAGGAGCAGAGUGACAUGGUGGCCAACCUGAGAAGACUAACGGUGAUGAAGGGUGACCUGGAGAUGAAGAGACCGACCAUGGACAAGCUGUGUUCUCUGUGUCAGGACCUCGUCUCCUCAGUGAAGAACAAAGAGGUGGCUCAUAAGCUGGAAGCCAGACUGGAGAGCUUCGCCCAACGCUGGGACAAACUGGUGCAGAGCCUGGAUAGGAGCAGCUCACAGAUCUCGCUGGCUGUAACCACGGUGCAGACCGCGCAGACGAAACUGACACACUCGGUGACGGCGAGCGUAUCCAAGGUGACGACGCGUGAGAAGGUGGUGGUGAAGAAUACUAAAGCAGCGCUGCCCUCUCCACCGCCCCAGAAGAAGAGACAGAUUGUUGUUGAAUCAGAGCUCAGGAAAAGGUUUGACAUGGACUUCACUGAGCUGCACAGUUUCAUCACGCGCUCCAAGGCCAUCCUACAGAGCCCAGAGUUCUCCAUGUCCAGGAAGGAGGGCAGCGUACAGGAGCUCUACGAUAAAGUCCUGGCGAUAGAGAGGGAGAGGCCAGAGAAGUUGCGGAAGCUUCAGGAAGCAACUCGUUCGGCACAGGCUUUGCUCGAUCAGCUGGCGAGCGAGGGUGGUAGUAGGAGGGCUGAUGACAUCCAGAAAGCAGCCGAGGAGCUCAACACUCGCUGGGAUGGGUUCUGUGCCCUGCUGGCUGAGAGGCUGGAGUGGCUGGCCUACCAGAGCAAGAUCCUGGCCUUCUAUAACCUCUGGCAGCAACUGGAGCAAGCUGUGGUCAACUCUGAGAACUGGCUGAAGGUCCAGCAGCCACCGGCCUCAGAGCCUGAACCUCUGAAGCAUCAACUGGAGCGCUGCAGGGAGGAGAUAGCUCGUUUCUCCUCUCUGGAGCCCCAGGUCAACCUGCUAAAAGAGAAGCUGAAGGCACUGAGGGAGAAGGAGAAUGUUCCUGUCUUCUUCGAUGCAGACAUCACUGACUUCACACAGCAUCACCAGCAGGUCCUGGAUGAGCUCCAGGCCCGAGAGAGACAGCUGGUGCUGGUUCAGGAGAGCCUUCCUCCUGUGCUCUAUAAGGAGACAGUAUUUACUCUGUUGGCCUGGUUACAGCAGUGUGAGGCGAGGCUAGCCAUCCCCUCUACAGCCGUCACUGAAUACCCUACCAUGGAGGGGAGACUGAAGGAUGUCAAGGUAAUGCAGGUUGCGCUUGCAGAGCACCAGAGUGAGGUGGACUACCUGACGUCUACAGUGGACCAGGUUUUUCAGAAGGCCCCUCCUGAGAUCAGUCACAAGUACAGGACAGAGAUGGACAGCAUCAUGACUCGCUGGAGACGCCUGUCCUCGACGCUGGGGGAACAGGCGACCAAGAUAACAGAGCUUAUGGCUAAAUUACUGCAGUUCCAGAAUGACGUGAAGACUCUGAGGAAGUGGAUGGCUGAUGUUGAUGUGUUCCUGAAUGAGGAGUGGCCAGCGCUGGGGGACUCAGAGGCCCUGCAGAAACAGCUGGAGCAGUGCACUGCCCUGGUGAAUGACAUCCACACCAUCCAACCCAGUCUGAACGGCAUCAAUGAGGUAGGCGUGUCUCUGAAGACAGAGGCGGAGCCAGCAUUCGCCAUCCAACUGCAGAAGGAGCUCGAUGAGCUGAACGCUAUGUGGGAGAUAAUCUGCAAACAGGCCUAUGCUAAGAAGUCCGCUCUGAAGGGGGGUCUGGACAAAACCAUGAGCCUGAGGAAGGAGAUGGCUGAGAUGCAGGAGUGGAUCACUCAGGCUGAGGAGGACUAUCUGGAGAGAGACUUCACUUACCAGACCCCUGAGGAGCUACGCAAGGCUGUGGAGGAACUCAAGAAGGGUCAAGAGGAGGUCCACUCUAAAGAGCUGAAGGUGAAGCUGCUGACUGACUCUGUGAACAGUUUCAUCUCCAAAGCCCCUCCGGCCGCCCACGAUGCCCUCAAGGCAGAGUUGGUCGUGCUGACCGCUAACUACCAGAGACUCUGCAGCCGCCUGGACGGCAAGUGUAAAACCCUGGAGGAGGUGUGGGCGUGUUGGUGUGAGCUGCUGUCCUACCUGGAGCAGGAGAACGGCUGGCUGGACCAGCUGGAGCAGAAGCUAGACGAGACAGACAGCAUCCCGGGGGGAGCAGAGGAGCUCUGUGAGGCCCUUGAUGCCCUGGACACAUUGCUGCGUCACCCUGAAGAUGGGAGGAACCAGAUCAGAGAGCUGUCUCAGACCCUGAUGGACGGAGGAGUUCUGGAUCAACUGAUCCAGCACAAACUAGAGGCCUUCAACACACGCUGGGAUGAACUCAUGCAGAGGGCGGUUCGACGGCAGCAGCAGCUGGAGAGGAGUGUGCAGUGGGCCCAGGAGAAUGACAAGACGCUGCGUCUCAUCAAUGACUCUCUGGACGCCACCGACCGCCACCUGUCUGCCUACAUCGCUGAUCACAUCGACGCAGCACAGAUACCACAGGAGGCACAGAAGAUCCAGACAGAGCUGAAUGGUCACGAGGCGACUCUGGCAGACAUGAAGAAGAAGAAUACAGAGAGAGACCAGUCAGAGAGAGUAGCAGCCCAGAUCCACCUGAUACAGAAGAAACUCCAGGAGGUGUGUGUGAAGUUCAGGCUCUUCCAGAAGCCUGCGAACUUCGACCUGCGCCUCUCAGAGUGUGAGAGGGUUCUCUGGGAUGUGAAGGCACAGCUGGGGGUGUUGGACAUACGCAGCGUGGAACAGGACGUGGUGCAGUCACAGUUGGAACAAUGCAUGAAGUUGUAUAAGAGUCUGAGUGAGGUGAAGUUGGAGAUAGAGACUGUGAUAAAGAGCGGAAGACAGAUCGUUCAGAGACAGCAGACGGAGAAGCCUAAAGAGCUGGACGACAGACUCACUGCCCUCAAGCUGCUCUAUAAUCAACUGGGCCUGCAGGUGACGGAGGGAAAACAGGAACUAGAGAAGAGUCUGAAGUUGUCCAGGAAACUGCGUAAGGAGUUGAACAGCCUGACAGAGUGGCUAGCUGCUACAGACGCUGAGCUGACUAGGAGGUCGGCUGUGGAGGGGAUGCCCAGUGAUCUAGAGGCUGAGCUGGACUGGGCCAAGGCAACCCAGAAGCAGACAGAGAAGCAUGCUCCCCAGUUGAAGGCUGUAGAGGAGUUGGCUGAAGCCUUGAAGGCAGUGCUGAGAGGUCAGGAGAGCCUGGUCGAUGACAAGGUCCAGCUGCUCAACUGUAACUGGGUCGCUGUCACCUCCAGGAGUGAGGAGUGGUUAAAGCUACUGCUGGACUACCAGAGCCAGGUGGAGACAUUGGAUGUGAAUAUGAAGGUGAUAAAGGAGUGGAUGGAGGGAGCAGAGAAAGAGAUGGACCAGAUAGAGAACCAGGGACCCAACGACCCGGUCCUCAAGGGUCUGCGUGGGGACUUGGAGGUGAUGCAUGGUAAGGUGGAGGCGGUGCGGGUGCUACACCAGGGUCUGAUGGGUACUUGUGGGGAACACUGCCAGGCACAGCUGGGGCCCAAACUGGAAAAGUUCAACCAGCGUUUUGACAGCAUCGCACAGCGCAUCACUGCAGGACAGGCAGCAGCAUCAGCGGUGGAGGUGGAGCAGUUCCACAGUGAAGCUAAGAUCUGGCUGGACCUGCUGGAGGAAGAAGAGAAACAGGGAGAGAACCUCAAGGAGGAAGAUUUCACAGGACAGGACGGGAACUGUGAGGAGGGGGCAGUGAAGGAGCUGUUGCUGAAAGGACAGAAGCUACAGAGGAGAGUUCCAGACCUGGACAAGAAAGAACAGAUCAGAAUCAAACACAAUCAGCUCAACACUAAAUACAACAGUGUCAUGGACCUGCGUGGUGUGAGGAGGAGGAAGGCCCUAGCGAUAGCCCCCCAGUGGUAUCAGUACCGUAGGAAGACUGAUGACCUUCUCCAGUGGCUGGACGACAUUGAGAGGAGCGUGGCUGAACUACCUGAUCCAGCAGAGGAACAGAGGGUUAAGGAGAUUGGCUCAGAGUUCGAUGAGAAGAGUGAGGAUCUGAAAGAGGUGCAGGGAUUGGCCAAAGAACUGUCAGACGCAGGGGCGACCUCGCUGGUGCAGCCCCGCCUCCUCCAGCUCAACACACGCUGGCAGGAGGUGGAGGCUAAAUUCACCCCCUACCGCCGACAAAGUGAGUACCUGGGAGAGCUGCAGACCCUGCUGCGUUCCGUCUCUGAGACAGACUUCCAACUGAACUCUCCUGAGUACUGGCAGGCCGUCUUCUAUAACCUACCCCAGCAGGGACAGUGCCUUCAGGAGGUGAAGGUGAAUCUGAAGAACCUCCGCCCCCCUGUAGAGGGCGCUCUAGCCAGGAGAGAGGAGGUGGUGGCCAUCGCCACUCCAGCAGAGAGAACCAGGGUUCAGGAGACAGCUCUGCUGCUCAACACUAACUGGGACAAAGUCAACAAGUUGUACCUGGACAGGCUCAGGCGCUGGGAGACGUCCAAUGCUAAGUGGCUGAAGUUCGUAGCGGACCAGAAGGUGCUUGGUGAUUGGUUGAGUGGUGCGGAGACCACUCUGAAACAGGCGAAGACAGACCCUGCUGGGACCAGACCACACCUUAAGGAGCUGCAGGAGAGCGUGGGGGCCCAGGGGGGCGUGGUGGCAGGGCUGAACGCUGCAGGGAAGGAGAUCAUUGGUCAGAGUACGCAGGAGGACGGAGCUCAGAUCAGGCUACAGCUCAACACCCUCAACACACGCUGGGUGAACAUCACCCAGGAGAUCGCAGAGAGGAAGAGGAGGUCUGCAGAGGCACGUACUGCAGCGAUGGGGCUGCAGGACGACAUGGGGGAGUUCCUGUCCUGGCUGGAUGAGGCUGAGGAGGUCGUGGCCAUCCCCCUGACGCCUGGAGAUCACCACCAGAUGAACGCCACUCUGGAGAAAGUCACGGCUCGUGUGUUGGAACUACCAGCCAGACAGAACAAUGUGGAAACCAUUAGCACGAGGACCGGCACCAUUCCCCUCCCUGCUGACCAACAGAAGGAAAUGAAGAUGAUCAACACACGCUGGGUACAGGUGUCUAAAGACCUGCCUGAGAAGCAGAAGCAGAUUGAGAGCUUGCUGAAGGAGCUGUCUCACUUCCAGGACCGGCUGACUUACCUCUCCUCGUGGACCUCAACCACCAGGACCACCCUAGAGGAAAACCCUGACAAUGUGGAACCCAAGCUCAUAGAUGAAGUCCAGGUCAAGAAGCCUGAGGUGGAGGGGGUGUUGGCUAAGGGCCAGGAGCUGUACAAGGACACGCCUCCCAGCCAACCAGAGAAGGAGAAGUACCACAGUCUGAGUGAUGAUUGGAGGGCGAUUCAGGGGCAAAUGAUAGUACACAGAGAGAGGCUGGCCGCUCUAAAGAUCCAGAAAACCACCAUUGAGACCCUCCAGGGAGACGCCCCAGCCCUGGCUCAGUUCAACAAGGCCUGGGCAGAGCUCUCUGAUUGGCUAUCCCUGCUGGAUCAGAUGGUACAGACACAGAGGGUGACCGUGGCCGACCUGGACGACAUCAACCACAUGAUCGUCAAGACCAAGGGAGCACUGGGGGACAUGGAGCGGCGGCGCCCCCAGCUGGAGGGUCAGCUGACUGCAGCCCAGAACCUGAAGAACAAAACCAACAACCAGGAGACACGAGCUGCUAUCACCGACCGCAUUGACAGGUUGCAGACCCACUGGGAGGAGUCACAGGGCAGACUGGCUGAUAGACAUCAACAGCUACAGAACAUGCUGCAGGACUCCUCUGAUUGGUUGGACGCCAGGAAGGAGGUGGAACCUCUCAUCAAACGAGCCAAUGACAAGCUGGAGUCGUGGCAGGAUAUUUCCUACACCAUGGAUGCUCUGAAGAAGCAAAACACUGACCUCAAGCUGUUUGUGAAGGAGCUGCACCAGUGGCAGGGUCAGGUGGACGUGACCAAUGACCUGGCAGGGAAGCUGUUAACCCUUUACUCUACCGACCACACACACAAGGUCACACAGAUGACCGACGCCACCAACGUUACCUGGGAGCACAUCAACAAACGUGUCGGGGACCGUGAGGCGGCUCUGUCAGCUGCUCUGAGGCUGUUGCAGCAGUUCUACCUGGACCUGAAGGAGUUCCUCAACUGGCUGACGGAGGCAGAGACCACCUGUAACGUCCUGCUGGACGCCGCACACAAGGAGAGGCUGCUGGAGGACCCUGAGGCUGUACGACACCUGCUGGGGCAGUUCCAGGACCUUCAGGGGGAGAUAGAUGGCCACACAGAACUGUACCACUCUCUGGAUGAGAAUGGUCAGCGUAUUGUGACGUCUCUGACCGGCUCAGACGAUGCCGUACUCCUACAGAGCCGCCUGGACAACAUGGGCCAGCGCUGGGACGAGCUCCGCAGCAAAACCAUGAAUAUGAGAUCUCACCUGGAAGGGGAAAUGGCUCCAUGGAAGCGGAUACACAUGACCCUUCAGGAGCUGAUAGCCUGGCUGCAGAGGAAGACUGACCUGCUGGAGCAGGAACCACCAGUAGGGGGCGACGUCCCUGCUGUGCAACAACAGCUGGACACACACAGGAGCUUCAGGAGAGAUCUGAGGGCCAAGGGCCCGGUGGUUAACGGGGCUCUGGACCAGGUUCAGAUCUUCCUGUCUGAGCUGCCUGCUGAGAGGGAGCCUCAGCCUGUCCAUAGAGACAUCAGUCCAGAGGAGCGUGCCCAGAACGUGGGGCGUGUCCUGCGAAAGGAAGCAGAGGAUGUGGCGUCUGGGUGGGAGGGGCUUAACGAGGAGGCCGCUGAUUGGCAGAGGAGGCUGGAGCUGGCUCUGGAUAGGCUGUUGGAGCUUCAGAAGGCCCAGGACCAGCUGGAGCUGAGGCUGAGCCAGGCUGAGAUGGUGAAGGAGGCCUGGGAGCCUGUAGGAGACCUGCUCAUAGACUCACUACCUGAACACAUCGACAGGGUCAAGGCGUUCCAGGCAGAGAUAGCUCCUAUCAAAGACGAUGUGAGUCACGUCAACAACCUGGCCUCUACCUUCGGCCCUCCUGACCUCGUCCUCUCACGACCCAACCUGGACAGACUGGAUGACCUCAACACACGCUGGAGGAUGCUACAGAUCUCCAUCAAAGACCAUCUGAAGCAGCUGACAGAUGCUCAGAGGGACUUUGGCUCUCUGCAGGGUUCUGUUCAAGGUCCAUUUGAGCAGGCGGUCUCACCCAAUAACGUGCCCUACUACAUCAACCACCAGACACAGACAACAUGCUGGGACCAUCCCAAGAUGGCCGACCUCUACCAGUCUCUGGCCGACCUGAACAACGUGCGUUUCUCAGCCUACCGGACAGCCAUGAAGCUGAGACGCCUGCAGAAAGCUCUGUGUCUGGACCUCCUGGGUAUGCCCGCAGCGUGUGAGGUCUUUGAGCAGCAUGGCCUGAAGCAGAAUGAGCAUCUGAUGGACAUCAUGCAGGUGAUGACGUGUCUGACCAGCCUCUAUGAGAAACUGGACCAGCAGCAUGGGAACCUGGUCAACGUCCCGCUGUGUGUCGACAUGUGUCUCAACUGGCUGCUCAAUGUUUAUGACACAGGAAGAAGUGGAAAAAUCAGAACUCUGUCCUUCAAAACCGGCAUCAUCUCACUCUGCAAAGCACACCUGGAGGACAAAUACAGAUUCCUGUUCCGCCAGGUAGCCAGUGCAACAGGGUUCUGUGACCAGCGGAGGCUGGGUCUUCUCCUCCAUGAUUCCAUCCAGAUCCCCCGUCAGCUGGGAGAGGUGGCCUCCUUCGGGGGCUCCAACAUCGAGCCCAGCGUCCGCAGCUGCUUCCAGUUUGCCAAUAACAAGCCAGAGCUGGAAGCUGCUAUGUUCCUGGACUGGAUGCGUCUGGAGCCUCAGUCGAUGGUGUGGCUGCCUGUCUUACACCGUGUGGCGGCUGCUGAGACGGCCAAACACCAGGCCAAGUGUAACAUCUGCAAGGAGUGUCCUAUCAUCGGCUUCAGGUACCGAAGCUUAAAGCAUUUUAACUAUGACAUCUGCCAAAGCUGCUUCUUCUCUGGUCGUGUGGCUAAGGGACACAAGAUGCAAUACCCCAUGGUGGAGUACUGUACACCGACUACGUCAGGGGAGGAUGUGAGGGACUUUGCCAAGGUACUGAAAAACAAAUUCAGGACCAAGCGAUACUUCGCUAAGCACCCCCGUAUGGGCUACCUCCCUGUGCAGACCAUCCUGGAGGGGGACAACCUGGAGACUCCCGUAACUCUGAUCAACUUCUGGCCGGUAGAUCAUGCGCCUGCGUCCUCCCCCCAGCUCUCCCAUGACGACACCCAUUCACGCAUCGAGCAUUACGCCAGCCGGUUAGCUGAAAUGGAGAACCGUAAUGGAUCUUAUCUGAAUGACAGUAUCUCACCCAAUGAGAGCAUUGAUGAUGAACACCUGUUGAUUCAGCACUACUGUCAGAGUCUGAACCAGGGCUCUCCCCUCAGCCAGCCACGCAGCCCCGCCCAGAUCCUCAUCUCCAUGGAGAGUGAGGAGAAGGGGGAGCUGGAGAGGGUGCUCAACGACCUGGAGUCAGACAACAGGAAGCUACAGGCGGAGUAUGACAAGUUGAAGAAGGCCCACGACCACAAGGGUCUGUCCCCACUCCCCUCACCCCCGGAGAUGCUGCCCGCUUCGCCCCAGAGCCCACGGGACGCCGAGCUGAUCGCUGAGGCCAAACUGCUGAGGCAGCACAAAGGACGGCUGGAGGCUCGCAUGCAGAUCCUGGAGGACCAUAACAAACAACUGGAGUCACAGCUACACCGGCUCAGACAGCUACUGGAACAGACUGACUCCAAGGUGAACGGUACAGCCCUGUCCUCUCCCUCCACCUCGUCCCAGCGCUCUGACACCAGUCUGCCUCUGAUGCGUGUAGCAGGCAGCCAGACUACAGAGACCAUGGGUGACGAUGAGCUGUCGAGUCCGUCCCAAGAUGCAUUGGGGCUAGAGGAGGUGAUGGAGCAGCUAAACAACUCCUUCCCCCACAGCCAAGGACUGAGUGUAGGCAGUCUGUUCCACAUGGCAGAUGACCUGGGUCGAGCCAUGGAGUCAUUGGUCAACGUGAUGACGGACGAACAGAGUGGCGAGUAGCGGAAGACGAGGGCCCGCCCCUUACCCCCUCCCCAACCAACCCCCUGCAUGCUUUUCUAGUCAAAACAACUGGAUUGGACACGUUUACAAAGAGAAAUAUACAUAUAUUUUUGUGAAGGAUCAGCAUUACAAAACUUGUAGAUUUCAGUAGUUUCUUAAAAGUAUCGAAAAUGGUUUUAUUAACAAAAGGCAGGUUUUUAAACUUCUAUGCAAUUGUAUAAAAACAUAAGAGAAAGAAAAAGUGUGUAAAUCUUGUGAACGUCUUUCCAUUUCUUUGUAUGGAGCAUUUCACAACAUUUGUAUCAAAAAGAAAGAUUGUAAACAUAAGGGUGCUUUAUAUUACAAAACUAUGUUUAUUAUAACAACAAAAGAUGAUAUACUGUAAAGGCAAUGCAGUCGUCCUGUACCCUUUCAGCGUAGAGAGACUGACUGUGUGUAUGUAUGCACGUUUGUGUGUGUCUUGGUACGCAAGGAUGUGUGUGACGUGUGUGUGUGUGUGUGUGUGUGUGAAGGUAAUCUAUUUUCCACAUUGCAUUAUAGCUUUUGCUUUGGGCUGAUGCACCUCUCGUUGUUUAUCAAACCAUCCAUCCAUCCAUAGGUCAUAGGUCAUCUUUUUCUUUAGUAGUGUCUGUUUGAUGAUCAUAAUAUGAUACUAUGCCCUUUGCCUCGUUCACCGCAGCUCUGGUCCACUCCUAUGUGUUGAAUCUACCACGAGGAGGCAUAGAGCACAGACUGAAAGGUUCAGUCUGGGAUAUUAACAGCCGUUAUUGUUGUUUUUCAAAUGAAGGAUUGGGCCUUUAACACUGACAGAAAGAAAGUAACAGUGUUGUUUUAAUACCUAUUCAUAGUGGUUUUGUAGGAUUAUGGAAUUUAAUACCAUUUAAAAUAGAGCUACAGUACAGUGUGACAUUCAGCUGUUUGUAAUCCUGAGAUUAUUUUAUUGAUUUGAUCUGAGUUCUCUCCUAGUGUGAUUGGGAGUGGUUUAAGAUACUAGUGUAUGAUUCUAGAACCCCCAGUAAUGCAAGCUCUACCUCGUUUUAAUUGGUCAAAACCCAACUUUCACAUUAUUUUUCAUUCUGAUCCUUCCUAGGAAGGUGCAGAAAAUAUUCUACUGUAGUUGGAUGCCAUCUUAAAGAACCCAUCCAUGUUUUGGAAUGGAAUGAGUCCCUCCAGAUACAUACACUGUAGUGUCCUCAGUGUAGCUGGAUGCCAUCUUAAAGAACCCAUCCAUGUUUUGGAAUGGAAUGAGUCCCUCCAGAUACAUACACUGUAGUGUCCUCAGUGUAGCUGGAUGCCAUCAUAAAGAACCCAUCCAUGUUUUGGAAUGGAAUGAGUCCCUCCAGAUACAUACACUGUAGUGUCCUCAGUGUAGCUGGAUGCCAUCAUAAAGAAUCCAUCCAUGUUUUGGAAUGGAAUGAGUCCCUCCAAUCUGAAUGUGUUCAGAUAUAUACACUGUAGUGUCCUCAGCGGUUCAUUAAGACAUAGAGAUGAAAUGUCAGACAUGUUUAAGGAAACUGGACCAGGGUGCACUACUGUUAUCCAUCCUGGACAGACUAGAGUUCCUUUAUGGAAUUGCAUGUUGUGGGGCGUUAUCAGUGUGAGAUCACAGUUGAUGUUUAUUUAAAACACAAACAAUUGAAGGUAUUCUUCAGGAUUAUUACAGUUUCACGACAACACCUUUUUGCUUCGUUUCGUCACCAUGUUUAUAGCAGCAUGAUCAAAGAUAAUGAUUCAUUAAUCCACUGCGUCAUUCAUUUCUAACCCUGGAGUUGUAUUGUCCAUCUUUUUCAAUAACUCAUUUGUUUCACAACAUAUCAAAUUCCACCAAAUAUAUGCCUUACUACUGUAUUAUAACAUGCUUUACUGUGUCUAUCAAUAAAGCGGUGAUGUUGACUUGA